AUGAAGCGAUAUAUAAGUGGUGCAAAGAAAAGACAUAUAGCAGAUGAAAAGAAAGCUUUUGUGUCAAAAUUGCCAAAAAUAUCUUCUUUUUUAAAAUCCGAUAAAGAAGAUGUUGCAUCUACCUCAGCUGCGAUAAGUGAAAUUCAAGAUAGUGAAUUACCUAUUGAGAAUGAUUUAAACAAAGGUACCUCAGAAUGUGUUAAUGCAGACAGGAAUGAUAAAAGAAAAGAACCUGCAGGAUUGCAGACGAUAUUAUCAAAUAAGAACGCUGAAAGUACGUCGACAUCGUCACAAGCAAACAAAUGCCACGAGUCAUUAUCUACCGAUACUGCACACCCGACAGUCUCUACGGAUCCAGCACUUUGGCACAUUGAUGAGAAUUUAAUAUCGUAUUGCGUUCAAAAAGGGCCAACUUUUUGUAGAAACAAAGAUUCUAAUUUCAAAAAGUCUAGUAGGAUUUACGAAGAAGCAGAUCGAAAGAAGACGCGAACUUUUCACAAAUCUUUAUUUAAUUGCAAAUUGAAAAAUGGCGAAAUAGUCGAUCGCGAGUGGUUGUUGUAUUCACCUUUAAUAGGCAAAGUAUACUGUUUUUUUUGCAGAUUAUUUUCGCCCCAACAUAGUAAAUUUAGCGUAUAUGGUUUUGACAACUGGAAAAAUCAUAAACGGAUUCAAGAGUAUGCCGAAGGUUAUGAGCAUAAGACAUCUUUAAUUACUUACAGCAAAAGUAGAAGUCUUAAGGGUCGCAUUGACGACAGAUUGAUUCAAGAACUUGAUAAAGAAUGUAAUUAUUGGAAAGAUCUAUUACGACGUUUAAUCACAGUAGUAAAGUUUAUCGCAAGUAGAGGCCUGCCUUUUCGAGGUGCAAACCAAAAAAUAGGAUCGUCAAAAAAUGUCAAUUAUUUAGGUAUUAUUGAAUUAAUAAGUGAAUAUGAUCCUUUUCUCAAAACUCAUUUUCAAUUUAUGGCAAUAAAGGUAGCGGCGUAACUUCAGAUUUAUCUGCAAAUGUUUGUGAAGAAAUAAUCGAAUUAAUUCCGGACCUGCGAACAGGAAAUACUGUUUUCCUCUGCAGGAUUUGCGGCGUUAUAGUGUGUUAUUGUGUAAAUAAUAUCAACUCUGUAUCGGAUGCAAAUGUUUGUAACUCAGGAGUUAAAUAAAUAAAUAAAUAAUGGGUAAAAGAGUAUUUCAAUUCAUCAUCGAUGAAUUAAAAACGGCAAAAUACUAUUAAAUUUCCGUAGACUCGACUCCAGAUGUUUCGCAUGAAGAUCAACUUACAUUUAUCGUACGAUAUGUGAUUAACGAUGGUCCCAUUGAAAGAUUUUUGAAAUUUAUUCCGAUCAAAGCACACGGCGCCGAAUACUUAUCAAAUGUCGUUAUCGAUUUUAUAAACGAAAAUAAAAUAAAUUUGAAUGAUUGCAGAGGGCAAUCUUACGAUAAUGCUGCAAACAUGUCAGGUGCUUAUUUUGGUUUGCAAGCUAGGCUAAAGGAAGAAAAUAAAUAUGCUGAAUACAUACCAUGUGCCGGUCACUCUUUAAAUUUAGUAGGCGUUAAAGCUGCUGAAUGUACAUUACAAAUUAUUCAGUUUUUUAGUUUAGUACAAAAGUUGUAUACAUAUUUUUCUACAUCAACGUUUCGGUGGAAACAAUUAGUAAACGCUCUUGAAUCUCAUAAGAAAGUCGUUAAAUCAUUAUCAGAUACGAGAUGGUCAGCUCGAAAUGAUGCUAUUGACGCUUUACACGAUGGCCAUGGGAAUAUUAUUAAAGCGCUGGAUCUAAUUUCAAACAACGAAUUGCAAUCAAGUGACACGCGUCUUGAAGCCUUAAGUUUACAGGAAAAAUUGUUGAAAUUCGAGAAUGUUUUUUUACUGAUCGUUUGGAAAGAUAUUCUCACUAAUAUACAUUCGACUAAUUUGUCAUUACAAAAAGAGAGCAUUAGUUUAUCUGUGGUUGUAAAUUUACUCAACUCAUUAGAAAAAUAUUUAGUAGAUUUAAGAGACAAAUUCAAUGAGUUUUUGGAUAAAACCAAAAUAUUUCUUGGCGUUGAAGAGAUUCCUAAAAAUGAGCAGAGAUCACGAACGAGAAGUGUCAAGAUAACUAGAUUUGAAGGGGUCGCUACUGAUACUAUUUUUUUAGUGAAGAAGAUAAAUUAAAAAUUAACAUUUUUUAUCCAAUAAUAGAUUCUCUCUGCUCUAACAUAAGACAGCGAAAAGAAGCUUAUGAUAACGUUCACGCAAAUUUCAGUUUUUUUACUAUAUUCCACAAAAUGAAUAAUGAAAUAAUUCAAGAAAAUUGCGAAAAUCUUGCAAAAAACUAUGAUUUCGAUAUAUCAGCAGAAAGUUUAGUUUUAGAAUGUUACAAUUUAAGUAUUACAUACACGAAACAAGAGAGGAACAAAUUUUAUCAAUUUCAGAUCUAUUUAAAUUAAUAAAAAAAGAUUGUAUAGCAUCUACAUUUCCAAAUAUUGAAAUAUGUUUCCGUAUUUUUUUAUGUAUGAUGGUAACAAACUGCAGUGGAGAAAGAUCAUUUUCAAGUCUUAAAUAUAUAAAAAAUGACUUUAGAAACACGAUGUUACAGGAUAGGCUUAACUAUCUAUCAAUAAUGUAUAUAGAAUCGGAUGUAUUAAAUUGUAUUUCAUUUGAUGAUUUAAUCUGCGAUUUUGCAAGUAAAAAAGCAAGAAAAACAAUGUAGCUUUCAUAGCGAUGUCAUUUUAUCUAUAAUAAAUUACCUAUUAUUAUAGUGUAAUUACAUUC